AUGUGUUAUAAGCAGCCCAAGAUCCCAGAGUCCUACGCACCACGUCGAUGCUACAUGAAACCUACUGCUCCAGUAGAAUCCUGCACUACUUACAAGCUAUCGUACUUGCCGGUCGAUGGCUGCCAGAAUCUUAGAGGCGUGCCAAGGAAACCACCUCCCAACAUUGUGCCAAGCUGUGAGCCUAUGGAGUCUUGUACUGUACAGAAGCUUUCAUUCCUACCAAAUCCAGUGUGCGUGACGCAGCCGAUCAGACCGUGCCACCACGACAUGUGGGGCCAGGGUCCCAUGCAGAACAUCACCACGCAGCGCCAUGACUACGUGCCGAAACCGUGCGUGCUGCGUGAGAGCUGCAAGCCGCCUCCAAAGUUCCACUGUGUAGAACAACCCUUUGAAAGUAAUUACUUCAUUUAUAAACUUAAGAUAGAAGUGCAACCCAAGGAGCCUCUGCCUUGGGCAUGCAAGGGUCAGUACCAGAAACCCUGUCAGCGGAUAGAAGGCAACACUACAUACACUCUAAGUUACCUGGAUGCUAAGAGCGACUGUCGACGGCGGGCCAUCAUACCGAAUAGCUGCAUAAAUCCGGUCACCCCGUCCAAGCGAUUUGAAUCACAGACAAUUUACAAGAACAGCUAUUUGCCUGCGGAAGCCUCAAGACCAGCACCAGUAAAACCACCGUCAAACAUAGUUCCGUCCACAGCCCAAAUGGAAGGAGAUACUGUUCACAAGCUGUCAUUCUUGCCCAAUCCGGUAUGUGUGACUCAGCCUAUCCGACCAUGCCACCACGACAUGUGGGGCCAGGGCCCCAUGCAGAAUAUAACGACGCAGCGCCACGACUUUGUACCAAAACCAUGCGCAGUUAGAGAGUCCUGCAAACCUCCUGCCAAGUUCCAUUGCGUCGAGCAACCUUUUGAAAACCGCACCGUGAACCGCAUGUCUUACUUGGACCCUGGGCGCAUAAAAGUACCUGAAUCUUUCGCUCCUGUUAAAUGCUAUGAAAAGCCAUCAGCUAAAAUGGAGUCGUGCACAAUUCAAAAAAUGUCCUACCAGCCAGUAUGUGCUCCUGCUCCGCAACGACCGCCUUGGGCUUGCAAAGGGCAGUACCAAAAGCCCUGUCAAAGGCUCGACAGCACUACAGUUUAUCGUUCCUCGUUCCUGCCACCUGGUGAAGAUUGCUCCGAAUAUAUAGAUCCAUGUGCUUAUGGAGACUGUAAACGUAAGUUUGAGAUACUUUUGGAAUAG